GAUCCAACCUGUCUGCUGAAGUGAAACACGAACCAAUCCGCCAUUCCUUAAUUUGCUUCGUUCAUCACUUCAGCAUCCCGAUAACUCGAGAAACAUGUCGACUUUCCCGAGAACUGUCGACGCCUACGCUGCCUUCGAGCCGUCGGGCAAGAUUGUGCAAUUCCGAUACGAAUCUCGUCCGCUCGGUGAAGAAGACGUGGAAGUCAAGAUCUCACAUUGCGGUAUCUGCGGAUCGGACAUUCACCACCUCGACAGCGGCUGGAAACCAACGAUGUAUCCAUGUGUGUUUGGCCACGAGAUCAUCGGUGAAGUGACUGUUGUUGGUACCAAUGUCAAGCAUCUGGCCGUGGGUGACCGUGUCGGUGUCGGAGCUCAAGUCUGGGCAUGCCUUAACAAAGACCCCAAGAGGCCUUGUGAGGAGUGUGGUGACGGUGAAAACGCCUUCUGCAACCGCUCCGUGAUCACUUACGAUGCCAAGUACGAGGACGGUUCCAUGGCGUACGGUGGAUAUGCAGACUACGUCCGCGUCGACAGCAACUUCGCGUUCAAGAUCCCCGACAACAUUCCGUCCGCUUCCGCUGCGCCGUUGUUGUGCGCUGGUGUGACCGUCUUCACGCCCUUGAAGCGCAACGUGAAGCCUGGUGAUCGUGUGGGUGUCAUCGGUAUCGGUGGGCUGGGCCAUCUCGCUAUCCAGUUCAUCCGUGCGUUGGGUGCUACCCCAGUGGCAUUCUCACGCUCGGCCAACAAGGAGAAGGAGAUCCGUGAUCUUGGUGCCGAGGAAUUCUACAACUUGAGUGACCCCGAGGAUCAGAAGAAGGCUGAAAGCUCCGUCAACGUGUUGUUGCUGACGGCUGAUGCCACUAACAUGCCUUACAACACGUACUUGACGCUGGUGAAGAAGCGCGGCACGUUCAUCAUGGUUGGUGUCCCCAAUGACGAGGUCAAGUUUAAGCCAAUGUUUGUGGUGGCCAAGGGAAUCAAGUGGGUGGGAAGUCUCAUCGGAAGUAUCCAAGACAUUAAGGACAUGCUGGCAUUGGCGUCAGAGAAGAACGUGCGUGCUAUCGUCCAGCAGAUGCCCAUGAGCAAAGUGAACGAAGGCAUCGCAAUGAUGCGGGAAGGGCGUGUUCGAUACCGUAUUGUGCUUGAAAACUAAGUAGGUCAACGCCUUCGCACAGGGACAUGACCAAGAUGAUUCCAGCUUAACGCUCACGUUCUUUCUUAAAUGCUUCUUACUGCAAUUUGUCUAAAUAUCCUCCCUCUUUCGCUAACGCAUAGAACACUCCGUUCGUGUUCUUCACCAACUCCCGAGGACUAUCAAACUCCACCACACGGCCAUCACUCAAUACCAGGAUACGAUCCGAAUCCAACACCGUGCCCAAUCGAUGAGCGAUCGUCAACACCGUCGCGUCCUGGAAGUCCCGAUUGAUCAUCUGCUGCAGCUUCUUCUCCGUCUCGUGGUCGAUGGACGCCGUCGCCUCAUCCAUCACCACGAUGCGGCUCCGAGUCAGUAGAGCGCGA